GCAAGGCAAAGAAAUCGCAGCAGAGCAUAGGAGAGUAGAGGAAAACCCUAGUGAAGAAGAUGGUGAAGUUCCUGAAGCCGAACAAGGCGGUGAUCGUCCUGCAGGGGCGCUACGCAGGGCGCAAGGCGGUGAUCGUGAGGACCUUCGACGACGGAACGAGGGAGCGCCCCUACGGCCACUGCCUGGUCGCCGGCAUCAAGAAGUACCCGAGCAAGGUCAUCAAGAAGGACUCUGCCAAGAAGACCGCGAAGAAGUCUAGGGUUAAGGCCUUCGUGAAGCUCGUGAACUACCAGCACCUCAUGCCCACGCGCUACACGCUCGACGUCGAUCUCAAGGACGCUGUUACUCCCGAUGUUCUCGCUUCCAAGGACAAGAAGGUCACCGCUCUCAAGGAGACCAAGAAGCGCCUCGAGGAGAGGUUCAAGACUGGCAAGAACAGGUGGUUCUUCACCAAACUCAGAUUCUGAUUUUACCAUGCUUCUUUUCGCCUUCUUUUCGCAUAUCUUAUCGAGACUCUUAUUGUGCUUUUAGAUUUUGUCGUGUCCUUUUUUAUUAAUAUAUUUGUCUUUUGAUAAUUUACGAGGAUAAUGAAUGCGAACAUUUUUGAUAGUGUGGAUUUCGUUUAAUCGUCUCCGUUUCGUAAGGUUUUAAUCGCGA